CAUUCAUGGAGUAGUGAAGAAAGCAUUGACGUCUGAGGAUAUUCCUGUGAAAAGAAAAGAAAGUCAACAUCAGGCAGAAACCAUGGAAAGCUGGACCAGCCAAGAGCUUUGCCAUACUUGAACAGAAGGAAAAUUGGAGAAGAGGCAUCAUAUGGCAGUGAGUGGAAAAUCCAUCAAGCAUCAAUUUCAGCAUUCAUUUCAGUAAAGCUCCUGAAGAGCAAUUACCUACGUCAACCAUGGUAGAAAAGAAAACCAAAGCCAUACAUGUCCAUGUAUCAUCCAACAAAGCCCUGGUUUGGUGCCAGAAACCAAGUAGCUUGCAUUAGAGACCAGUGCAUGCUCCACUUUUGUAAUAACAUUCAUCAGUAUAGUAUAACAAAAUGGAAAAUUCCUCAGCGUUUUACAAGAACAGUACAGACAGUUCAGAGUUUGGGCCAAUACCUGUCUCUGUUUCAGUGAUUGUGUUCAUUGUGCUUAUCCUGUGCAUUGUUAUUGGAGGCAUAGGAAAUUUUUCCACAAUGGUAACAAUUGUAAGACUGCCUGAUCAUCCUAAAUCAUCCUACUACCUGAUUGCAAGCAUAUCAGCAACACACAGUUUACUCUGUUUCUUCGUCAUGCCAGUGCACAUGGCAUCCUUGCUUGUUGAGGACCACGAGCUUGGGGGGGGACUGUGCGACUAUUCAGCAUAUGCGGCAGCAAUCCUUACAACAACGGCAAACUUGCUCUUGUGUGCCACGGCAUUACAACGGUACAUUAGUACCAUGCACCCGAGCUGUUUUGGGAAGGUCAAGUCAUCUAAGUACACAAGGGGUAUGAUUGCGCUAUCGUAUCUUUUACCCUUGAUGUUAUUUCUUGUUAUCAAGUUUGCAGUGUUGGACGAAGCACCUGAAUACACACCUAUGGACCUGAAUUGUAAAAUAGCAACGAGCAGUCUGCUCAACUUCCUCCUGCCUGUUUUGUAUGCUCCGUCUACUCUUAUCAUGCUGUGCUCAUAUUUGAUGCUGUUCUAUAAAAUUAAGAAGAUGAGAUCCACAGUGGCACCUGUUCAGGAUAACUUGGAGGUCAGCACCCCUACACCUAUGAACGAUUACAUUGUAAAGUAUCAACUCAGACUGACAAAGACGAUUUUCCUGAUCCUCACCGAACACUGCCUGACCGCUAUAUGUCCCGGAUUCAUGUGGCUAGCAGCGGCCAACUCUGAAAGUGACCCAAGAGUACUAUCCAUCUUGGCUAUUCUCUUAAUGAGAAUGGGUCCAGUUUUUGAUGUUAUCAUUAUUUUGGUCGGAAACAAGUUUUUAAGGUUUCGAAUAAAGAAUCUGUAUGCUCACAUCUUUGGAUAUGACAGUAGUGAUCCUAAUUCUAUAAAUUGGGCGGUGUGAUUAUAUUGAAAAAAAAAAAACAACUCAUCUUUGGUCUCCAGUUAGGUACCUCACAGAGUGUAAUAUCUUUAUUAUUGAUAUUGCUUACUAAUGUAAACUAAAUGCAGAUUUUUUCUGCUUUGAUAUAAGAGUACCAUUGUUUUAAGUCCAAAAAUUAUCUAAUGUGCAAUUAGUUAAAUUUUAUUACUGCACUAGUACAUUCAACUGGGUUUUAAUGUGCCCAUGCCAAGCAGUGACAAAUGAGACUUGUCACAGUCGAUUUUUUGUUUUUGUUCUGUUUUGUAAUAUCUUUUAUUCCCUCAUCCAAGACGAUAGAUGAUACAGAAAAGUUCACAGUUCUAGGUCACUGUAAAUAAGAUAUAUAGGAAAGAAGUGUUAUUGUAAUUAUCUUUUUGCUGAGAAAAGCAUAUUGUGUUUUCAUAGGCAAGCAAUGGCCAUUAAAUUAUUUUUAUCACAUACUAUGGAUCAUUGUCAUGUACAAGUAAAAUAAUGGGGCCACUCUGUCUUACCAUUGUUAGUCUUUUUUUCCCACAUUGUAUCAUACUGACUUUGUAAGGCACAAAAAUCCAGUAAUAAUGAACUUUCAACUUAGUUCACAUCUAUAGACUAAAGCACAUUUUAUGUAUGUUUUUUGGCCAGAUCUAAUGGAAUUUUAUUUGGUUAUAUGAUCAUUUUUAUGAGCAAAUAAAAAUGUAUUUUAAAGAAUACUAAUUUCCAUUGUGGCUGUGUAUUGUUCUCUUAACAUCAAUGCUGAAU